CCGGGAUAUUGCUGCCGGACGCCCAUUCAGCAGCCAACUCCCUGGGACUCGGAGAACGACGGGCCCACUCAAGCUCCUACUCCUAUAACACACACCAUAAUCCAAUAUAGUGUAGUGGCCAGCUACGAGUUACCCCUCACUGCCUCCGCCCAAUCCGCACCGGGAAGCGAUUCGAUCAGUCAUACCCUGUCUGUUCUAGACACUGCGAUCAUACCCGGACGGCCUCAUCGGUUUAUGACCAAGUAUGAUAACGACCAAGGUGAUCGUCCUGCCAACCUGUUCGAUCUGCAGGGACGAUGAGGACGAAGAGCUCGGCUACGUGGCGACCAAGUGUGGGCACCUCUUCCAUGCCGAGUGCAUGAGGGAAUGGAACAGGAACGAACGAAACCGAGGUGGAAGCCCGCGAUGUCCGUACUGUAACACCCAUCUCCACACCAACUCCGACCAUUAUCACGGCGGCGAUUCGAAUAGUCUGAUCCGCAUCCAUCAGCUCAUCAAUCAGCGCGUGACGAUCAUCGAGGAUGGCAAGCCUACCCCUGAGGAGGAGCUCAAGGCGGCACGAGAUAACCUCAACUCGAUCAAGGUGAUCCUCAACAAGGAGACCGACAAGCUUCGUUCGGCCGAGGCGGAGAAGCUCAAGAUCGAGGCUGAAAACAAAACGCUCAAAACAACCAUCUCCAAGUUGAAUCAAGAGGUCAAGAUCAACAAAGAAAAGUGCGACAGUCGGGCCGCUGACCUCAGGAAAGAGAAACAGGCUCGACAGAAAGAUUUGGCAAUCCACUUGGGAGAGAAAGCUGCUUUCCAGAAACAAAUCGUAGAUGCAAAACAUCAUUACGAAAAACUUAGGAAUGAGCGUGGUCAAUUGAGCAAGGAUUUGGUCCAGAGGAACAUCGAGAAUACGAAACUGAAAGGAAUAAUGGGUAAUCAAACCAAUCUGAUCAGUAACUUACAAGCACAAUCGAUGCAACUCUCUCGCGAGAGGGAUCAACUUGCGGAGAAACUGAAUGCGAUGAGACAACCUAAUCAUGGACAGCUAUUCCGAGGCCAAGCACUCCAAUCGAACCAGCAACAGCACCACUACCCGGUCCAAGCGAUGCAAGCCAACCAGCAUUUCUAUCAAGCUCCUCCAGUCGAUCCGUCCCAAGCUGGACAAUUGAUAGACGUCUUACAGGGUCUCAGUGGUGGGUUCAUGAAGCUCGAGAGGGAGUACAUGGGAAUCAAAAAACUCUUGGAAGAAAAGAACGAAAGGGAAGGAAAUGGACGAGGCAUGGAGGAUAUGGAGAAAGAAAACCGGCAGAUCCAAGGCCAAGCGGUUAUCGAAGCCGUCCAGGACCGCCUCUUACGCACAACUCAACCACCACUCUUCUCAUCCAAGUCCGAGAUCGAUUCGGCUAAGGGCAAGGAGCACGAGAUCCAUGAAUUAGUACAGAAAAUAGAAUCUUGGGACUCUCCCAGUGUCUCUGCUGCUGCUGAUCAGAUGAUUGAUCCUAGACUAUUUGGUUGAUUUUAGAUACUCUGUAUAGGUCUAUAUGUUCCACCUUAUGGACAUUUUUUUUUCUCUCUCUCUUUCUUUCAAAUUAACAAAAAAUAGUAUAAUCGACAGUCUACUCAAGAAGAAGUAGCUCGAGGACCUAAAUAGUCCAAAGAAUCCAGAGGACAAAAACAGUCCAACACUAUCCAUAUUAUCGACCGACUGAAUUACCCUUAACUACCUGAUCUUUAUUUAUCUGUGUAUCUCAUCUUCAAACAUUACAACUUCUGUCUCUUUUUUUUUUUUUUUGAAAAAAGAAAAAUUCAUUAAAAAAACUGUCACCGUUUUUCUCUUCCUCACACAUGAAACGUAGAUUUAGGGCAUAUGCCUUCCUCUUGGAAAUCCAACAAAGUCCAAAAUAUGUAGAUACUUGGGACUAUUCUUGCUUCUGCAUACACUCAAGUCAUGAGCCAUCAAUG